AUGAGUAGUACCAAAUCAAGAAUUCGUUCCAUUUUUGUUUUCUCGGUGGGGGAGUUGCCAAAGAAACAGUUAUUGGGUACUCUAGCUGGGAAUUUCAAGCUUUUGAAAGUACUAGAUCUUCAGGGUGCUCGUCUUGAUCAACUUCACGAAGAAGUGGGAAAUCUUCUUCAUUUGCGAUACAUAAGUGUCAAGGGGACAGAAGUGAAGAUAGUUCCGAAGUCCAUUGGAAAUCUACACAACCUACAAACUUUGAACUUGAAAGACUCGCAGGUGUCUGUGCUUCAAAUUGGGAUCUUAAGUAAACUCCGUAAUUUGCGGCAUCUUAUCGAAAAUUAUGUAUUGGUGAUACAAGGAGGGAUUGGGCAUUUAGAAGAGUUGCAGACGUUGCAGAACAUAGAGGCAAAUGACGAUUUAAUCAAAGAGCUAGAAAAUUUGAGCCAAUUGAAGAAGUUGUAUAUUUUGAACCUGAAAGAGAACACGGAAAGGCUCUAUGUACCGCCAUAG